AUGAUGAAAACAAUCAUUGUAUUUCUAACAAUUAUUGUUGGUUUGGUUGUUUCUCAAAGUAGUAGUAGUGCUAGCGGUAGUGGAUCAGUAGUUGAAUUUACAUCUGAUCUUUCUAUUUCAUCAGAAUGGGAUCAUUAUUGGGAAAGAUGUGUUGGUAGUGGACAUGCAUGGUUGGGAACCAGAAGAGAUUGGCAAGAUGCGCUCAAGAUUGCACAUGACAAGUUGGGUUUUGAACGCGUCAGAUUCCACGGUAUUUUCGAUAACGAUAUGAACGUCUAUCAACAAGGUGCCAACGGUGAAGCCAUCUACUCGUGGUACAAUGUCGAUGUUGUCUAUGACUAUUUAGUGUCGAUUGGCAUGAGUCCAUUUGUCGAACUCAGCUUUAUGCCCAACGACAUGGCAUCGGGCGACGAGACCAUCUUUCACUAUAUGGGCAACAUUACACCACCCAAAAACUUUACCACUUGGAACAACCUCGUCGUUGCCUUUUUAGAGCACGUUAUCGAUCGUUAUGGUAUCACCGAAGUGAGCAAAUGGCACUUUGAAAUUUGGAACGAGCCAAACUGUGGGUUCCUCUAUGUGCCAGGUUACGCCAACCAAACCACCGAGGUACUCCAAACCGCCUACUUUGAAAUCCUCAAUGAAACCUUCUCGGCUGUCAAGUCGGUCAAUGCUGACCUGUCUGUUGGUGGACCCGCCACAUGCCAGUCGCAAUGGAUCCCCGAGACACUCCAAUACUGCAAGGACAAUGGUAUCGAGCUCGACUUUGUAUCGACACACGAGUACCCAACCGACAUUGUCCCUUUGCAACGUAACAUUAUGUACCAAGUACUCAGCAAGUCGAGAGAGAUUGUCGGCGACGACAUGCAACUCUUUUACUCGGAAUACAACGAUGGCUUGUUUAACCGUCACGACACUACCUAUGCCUCGGCCUUUGCCAUCUUUAACAUUAUCGAUGUCUAUGGCUUGAGUGACAUUUUCUCUUGGUGGACCUUUUCCGAUGUCUUUGAAGAACAAGGACAACAAUCGGUCCCAUUCAACGAAGGCUUUGGUCUCCAAACCAUUUACAAUAUCGCCAAACCAUCAUUCAAGGCUUUUGAAUUGCUUCAUGAAACUGGUAACCUUCGUUACAAUACUACUGGUUCUCAUCCAACUGCCGGUAUCCUCGUCACCAACUCUUGGAAUAAAAACGAGGUCCUCGUUUUGGUCUACAACCACAAUAUCCCAGACGCACCUAUGGACACUGAAACACUCGCCAUCACCCUCGAAAACAUCCCAUCCGACGUUAAAAAGGCUACCAUUCGUCGUAUCGAUGAAGACAAUUGCAACCCAAUCGCUUUGUGGACCGAAAUGGGAUCACCAUCUUACCCAUCGACCUCAGAGAUUGAACAAUUAUUAAAGUCGACCGAAUUUAAUGAAGUAUCCAUCCCAAUUACUAAACUCGAUAAACAUACCAUUCAAGUUCAACUUGAUAUCCCUCCUCAAGGUGUUGCUGCUAUUAAAUUACAUUUUUAA